ACCAUUUCUUACUUGUAUGCAGAAUCGGUGUGUAAAUAUGAUAGCUCAUCUUUUCAAUGCACCAUUAGGAGAGUCUGAGGCUGCAGUUGGUGUUGGCACAGUUGGUUCAUCUGAGGCCAUAAUGUUGGCUGGAUUGGCAUUCAAAAGGAAGUGGCAGAACAGAAGGAAAGAAGAGGGAAAGCCUUAUGACAAACCCAACAUUGUCACUGGAGCCAACGUUCAGGUUUGCUGGGAGAAAUUUGCCAGGUACUUUGAGGUGGAGUUAAAGGAAGUUAAUUUGCGUGAUGGAUACUAUGUGAUGGACCCUGAAAAGGCCGUGGAAUUGGUGGAUGAGAACACUAUUUGUGUUGCUGCUAUCCUUGGUUCUACGCUAAAUGGAGAGUUUGAAGAUGUCAAACGCUUGAAUGAUCUCCUGGUUGAAAAGAAUAAGCAAACUGGAUGGAAGACUCCUAUUCAUGUGGAUGCAGCUAGUGGUGGGUUCAUUGCACCAUUUAUUUAUCCAGAGCUUGAGUGGGACUUUCGGUUACCGCUGGUGAAGAGCAUCAAUGUUAGUGGGCACAAGUAUGGUCUGGUCUAUGCUGGAAUCGGUUGGGUUAUUUGGAGAAGCAAGGAAGACUUGCCUGAGGAACUUAUCUUCCAUAUCAACUAUCUCGGUGCUGAUCAACCCACCUUUACCCUUAACUUCUCUAAAGGGUCUAGCCAAGUCAUUGCUCAAUACUACCAACUAGUUCGCCUUGGCUAUGAGGGAUAUAGAAACGUGAUGGAAAAUUGUAGAGACAACAUGAUAGUGCUGAAAGAGGGACUCGAGAAAACAGGGCGGUUUGACAUUGUGUCGAAAGAGAAUGGUGUGCCUUUGGUGGCUUUCACAUUGAAAGACCACACCCACUUUGAUGAGUUCCAAAUCUCUGAUCUGCUGAGGCGCUUUGGGUGGAUAGUGCCAGCAUACACCAUGCCCCCAGAUGCUCAACAUGUCACCGUGCUACGUGUUGUCAUCAGGGAGGACUUCUCAAGAACCCUCGCAGAGCGUCUUGUGGCUGAUGUGGAGAAGGUGCUGCAUGAGCUUGAUUCACUUCCAGCAAGGGUGAUAAGUAGCACCUCUGUCACAGUCAAUACAGAACAAAAUGGCAAGGUGGUGGUUGCCAAGAAGAGUGCUCUAGAGACACAGAGGGAAAUCACUGCGAUUUGGAAGAAGUUAGUGUUGGAGAGGAAGAAGCUGAAUGACAAGAUGAUGGUGUGUGUUAGACUUAGCUUUGAUUGAAACAAGGGUGUGGUGUG